GAUUUAAAAGCCAACAAUGACUAUGCUAGUUUCCAGAGGGAACAAAGGAUCCAUAUGCCAGGAAGCUAACAUGGCGCAGCCAGAGGGUCAAGAGAGUUCAAAAGAAGAUUCAUCAAUGGCUGUAGUUCUAACCCAUAAUAGCGUGAACAGCAUUGCACUAAAUCCAUUCAACUGUCCAAGAGCCAUAAAGCAAGCAUUAAGACCAUUUCAUAAACCUUUCUGUGGUGGAAUUCCGAAGAAAGCUAAAGUUCUCUUUAUGAAUAUAUCAUCCACAUGGCAAUGUUGCACAGAAACCAAACCAACAAAAACAAGCUCCUCUUUAAGACACGUGCUUCUUAAUUCUUAUAUGCUUCGUAGUAUGCCCUAAGACUAAUCGUAUAUAUGACAUUUUGGAAUUGUACUAGUAAUGUUCAUUACUUAAUUAAAUAAAAGGGCAAGUUUAUUUAUUAUGUUAGUGGUUUAUUUCAUUUUAACAUACAUGAUAAAGUCCAAAUAGUAUAAGUUAAGAACAUAGUUUAUCAAGGUAUUGAGAAGAGGAGACUUAUACUUCUUAAUACUUAACUCUUAAAUGUUCUAGUCAUAGGAUUACUAUGUGAUCUGGAUAGACUAGCACACAUUAUACUUGCUCAUAUUUAAUAUGAGAUGACUCGUCCAAGUCACUUA